AUGCCGCCGACCCACCUCCUACCCCGCGACGCCCUGAGCGGCAUCCAAAUGUCGAACCCCCUCAAAGACCCCGUGCUCAAGAUUGUGAUCCCCGUCAUAGUCGUCAGCGUGCUGAUCUUCGUCUGCGUGACUAUCUUGCUCUGCCGGUGCAGAGACACGCGGCGGGGGGAGGAUGUCAGACCUGGGGAGGGGCCGGGGUCGGGGUUGGGGAUGGAGGAGGUUGGAAAGGGGGAGGGUGCGGGGGGAGAGGGAGGGGAGCGGAGGAAGGAGAUUCCUUGGGAGAGAUCGUAG